AUUACGCACCGGGUAUCCAAGUGACAAAACCAACACAAUGCAUUGAAAAAGGUGUGCUUGCCUCGAAGGUAAUAAACCCAACGCUUUUGUCUGUUGUUCCCAAGGAUGGCGUAAUUGCAGAAGCAAAGAGAAAGGCCAAGCCAGAUCUUGACAAGAAUGUGAUGACUGCUGCAAGUAGACACAAAACAAUGCCAGAAGUUGUAAAAAAUGAGUUCGCUAUAAAGGUGAGAGAUAAUCAGAACGAUGAGCUUAACAAAAAGGUAACAAAGGUGAAAGCAAAGGCAGUCUAUAAGGAUCUCCUGAAUUCAAAGACGAGAACAAAGGCAAAGCCAGAUGUUGCCAGUGAUGAGUUAAUAGCAAAGGUGAUCGAUCAUCAUAGGAGAGGUGAGCUGCGUUUACUGACAGUCAGUGAUCUGAAGUGCUUCCUCGGUGCGAAGAAAGCAAAGGUUGGAGGAACGAAGGAAGUGCUAAUACAAAGAGUGACUGAGCUCUUGCUUGACAAAUGCAUUGCUAUUAGCAACUGAGAAGUCUGAACAUAACAAGCAUGUGAUGAUGUGAACCUACGCAAAGUACCCUUUUUUUGUGUUUCUACUUGUUGCAAUUUGAAGAGCCGCAAUCAACAAUAGCCGAAACACUGGUGCUAGAACAAAAUGACGACAGCAACUUGAAUUGUGUGUGUGUGUGUGUGUGUGUGUGUGUGUGUGUGUGUGUGUGUGUGUGUGUGUGUGUGUGUUUUGCGGGAACACAACUAUAAUUUUUCACUUGGAUUUUGAUACGUCAAUACCAGAAAGGCUUAAAGCCUAACUGUAGGUAGUCAUCUAAAAGGCCAUAUCAUAUAUUGAUACCUAAGAUUUUAGGUAAUGUAGAGGAUAGAGUGAGGAGAGAGAGAGGAAGAGGUUGCCUCACAAGGUCAAUGUUUAGGACUGAGAUGAGCCCAGCCAACAUUAUUAUGUUAAUAGUUAGUUGCUUGUACAUUGAUAUGGUUUCUGUAUAUUACUAGUAAUUUACUCGCACUCCGCUCGAGUCUUUAACCA